GUAAAGCAGGAAGCUGUGUUGUUUACUGUCUUACUAAUGCACACCGGUAGCAAGUGUCUUAUUCCACUGCUGGUGAGAUCGAAGCUCUCGUUGGCUGAGAAGAGACUGCACUACUUUGGCAGAGCACCACUUCUAUCCUCAUCUGGGCACGAACUCACUGGAAUGCGAUAGAAGUUGCUUCUGUAAAGAGCUUUUCAGUUGGUUGAAUUUAUGGGUGCGGAAUGUGUGCAUGUGAAGGGCAGAUGAUAUCUAUGAUGGGUGUGUAUUAAACAGACAUGAGCGAGCUGGUGACCUCCAUGGAGGAGUCUGGGUCUGCGGCCUUUGGGACCACACCCUACGACUAUGAAAUCUCGCUGCCGUGUGACAAGGACUAUGUGAAGAUGCUGCUGGCCCAGGUGCUGCCCCCGCUGUACUCCCUGGUGCUCGUCAUUGGCCUCCUGGGCAAUGCGGUGGUGGUGUGGGUGCUCACCGGCUGCCGGAGGCUCAGGGUCAUGACCGACAUCUACCUGCUCAACCUGGCCAUCUCCGACCUGCUCUUCCUGUUCACUCUCCCAUUCUGGAUCUACCAUGUUGCGUGGCAUGACUGGGUGUUCGGGGACGCCAUGUGCAAGCUGCUUUCGGGGCUCUACGACAUAGCCUUGUACGGCGAGAUCUUCUUCAUCAUCCUGCUGACGGUCGACAGGUACCUGGCCAUCGUGCACGCCGUGUUUGCCCUGCGGGCCCGGACCGUCACCUUCGGCAUCGUCUCCAGCGUCGUCACCUGGGGCCUGGCAGUGCUAGCUGCCCUCCCCGAAUUUGUCUUCCGGGAGUCCCCGGAUGGGUUGGUCUGCAACCCUCAGUACCCGGAGGAGGGGGAAGAGAGCUGGAAGCGCUUCCACGUGCUGAGGAUGAAUAUCCUGAGCCUCGCCCUCCCUCUGCUCGUGAUGGCCGUGUGCUACUCAGGCAUCAUCAAAACGCUGCUGAGGUGCCCCAGUAAAAAGAAGGACAAGGCCAUCCGGGUCAUCUUCGUCAUCAUGGUGGCCUAUUUUGUCUUCUGGACACCCUACAACGUGACGCUUCUCCUCUACACUUUCCAAACGACCUUGGUCUUCGACGACAGCUGUGUGCAGAACAGGCGCCUGGACGUGGCGCUGCUGGUGACCGAGAUGGUCUCCUACAUGCACUGCUGCAUCAACCCGGUGAUCUACGCCUUCGUGGGAGAGAAGUUCCAGAAGAGCCUGCGCCGCUUUUUCCGCAGGCACGUGGUGGCGCACCUGCGCAGGUCCAUCCAGUCCUUCCCUAGUGAGAAGCUGGAGCGGGCCAGCUCUGUGUCCCCAUCCACCGUGGAGCUGGAACUCUCCUUCGUUUUUUAAGUAAGAUGCAGGAAAUCGCCUAAAGAAGGUGGCCAGCAGGGGAAACAGACACCGCGUCAACCACCAGGUCAACUCUAGAACAGUCUUUGGACUCCCUGUGCCCCCUAACGCUCCUGAAGACAGGACGGUUCGGCGCAGUGACGGUGUCGUCACCAGAGGACAGGGCUGGGUGGGGUAUGCGUCUUCCACCUGCAAUGCAGAGCUUUGCUUCGUUCUCGGAAGACUUCCAUGCCUUGGAUGCCUCUGAAUGCUAGACAGUUACUGUCGGUAGCUAUAAACAGAUCAAGCUUUUUAGAUUUUAAGCCUUCAUUUCUUCAACAAGCUAUUGACAUAAA